UCUGCCUGCUCGAGGAGGAUAAUAGAUUAAUUGUUUUAGCAAAAGGUAAAUCUUUGGACGCCACGCAGGAAAUGAUCGCUUUAGGAAUCUGUAAUAUUUUCGGGUCGUUCGUUCGCUCGAUGCCAGUUACAGGAUCUUUCACGCGAACGGCGGUCAAUCAUGCGUCGGGCGUUAAAACACCACUGGGGGGAAUAUUUACAGGUUGUUUGGUAUUGCUCGCGGUCGGUCUCUUGACCUCUACUUUUUACUUCAUACCGAAGGCGACGCUGGCCGGUCUCAUCAUAUGCGCCAUGUAUUACAUGCUCGAUUUCUCGACGUACAGUUUGCUGUGGAACGCCAGAAAGACCGAUUUCUUUGUGAUGAUGCUGACAUUGGUCCCAAGCGUUUUUCUUGGCUUGGAAUACGGUAUCUUAAUUGGUAUCGUAGUUAAUCUAGCGGCAUUGCUGUAUUUCACAGCGCGGCCUUCCGUUCAGACGAAAAUUGAACAGAUCGAAGGGGAAACUGUAAUAGUCGUCAUACCCGAAGAAGCUAUAGCCUUUCCAGCAGCGGAGCGCCUGCGUGCUAACAUAAUGAAGCUUUCCGGAGAAAGUGAAUGUAACGUGAUGCUCGAUUGUAAGAAUCUGAAAAGGCUCGACGUUACGGUUGCUAAGAAUGUCAAGCUUCUGGGGAAGGACCUUUCAGUACGUGGACAAACAAUUGUCUGCUGUAAUUGCUGCGAGAACGUGAACGCCGUUCUAAAGGUCGUGGCGCCGGAAUUAUUAAACGUCAAGGAAGAUAGAAAUAAUUAUGACUGAGGAUCGUUUUUCUCACGCUUAUAUACAAAUUUGAAUGCGACCGCCAAGGUUUAUAGAUAUCACGUGAGAGGCUCUUUAAUAAAUAAUAAAUAAUUGCUGGUUAUUAUUAAACCUUAACCCGGAUUAAAUUUCACUAAUUACGAUAUCGUUCCUUUCUAAAAAAAAAACAAUAAAGUUCGCAACUCAUUAAAUUUCUUUGCGCCAUACGUGCACUAUUUAAAAUGAAAUAUGUGUGUAACCCGCUCGAGAAAAAGAGAAAAUAAAGUGUGAAGAAAUAUAUACAA